AUGGAUAAAGUUACUAAAGAAGCAUUACUCGAUAAGAAUGUUAGUGAUCAAAUAGAUAAUUAAAUUUUUGCUUAAUAGAUUGAAGUAAAUCAAAAAGGAGACUUCUAUCAAAAUAAUGAUGAUUUCCCUCCUCCUCCUUAAGAUGAUUAAUUGCAGAUCCAUAAAAAAUAAGAAGAUAAAUAAUUGACUAUUCCAGAAAUAAUGGAAUAAGCUUCAGCGCUUGAGCAACAUUAAGUCUAGGAAUUUCCUUAUAAUUCCAAAACCUAUAAAGCUUAGAUCGGAAGAGACUCCAAUCUAGUGUAUGUUCCUUAAAAUCUAAAUCUGAUUUAAUUUUGGUCCUUGAAUGGCCGCAAGGAAGUUAAUAAAAUUGAAAUCGAAGAGAAAAUUAAUCAAAUAUAAGUUACAGACUAUUUCAUUAUUGCUUUAGUCAUUGAUAAAGAUGAUAAAGCAUAUUUUAUAUACGAUGCUUUCUCCUUGAAAUAUCUAGGUAAAGCAGUAUCUGCGCAUAAAACAAUGAUAGAAGCCAAAUCUACUAAGGACCUCAUUAUAAUAUCAGACUUUUAAGGUAUUAUAAAUACCAUUAAUAUCAAUAACAAAUCUAAAAUCACCUAGUAAAUUUUUUAAAAUGAAGAUGAGAAUGCGACUGAACAAUAUAAUUGCAUUUCAAUAUCAACUGAUAGUAAAAUGUUCACAGCAUUUGAAAAAAAAUCAAAUUCAAUAGCUGUGUUUAGCGUAAAUCCAUUAAUAUAAGUUUGGAAAAAAGAGAUGCCGAAGCCUGAAAUAAAUGAAGAUGUAUCUAAAUACAUUAUAAUUUCUAACGACAAUCUUUAUGUUGCAUUAAGAAAUUCGGUCAGGAAAGGAGUAGAUUACUAUUCAAUGACUGAUUCAACAAUUAUACUAAGCAUUGAAUCAAUGCAUGUCAACCCUAUUAACCAGAUUUUAUAUUGGAAUAAUGGAAAAUCAAUAAUAUCUUGUAGCAAAGAUAAGAAAAUUAAAAUAUGGAGUAUGACAAGUAGAGAGCUCGAGCAUUCUUUUCCACCUUAACAUUUAGCUUCUGUAGAGUCCAUAGUACUUUCUUAGAACUAAAAAGUUCUUUUCUCAGGCUCCCUUGAUUAAACAGUUGGAGUUUGGUGCUUGUAAAACUUUCAGCUUCUCGCUAUUUUGAAUGCUACUAUCAAGAUAGUUUAACUGAAUUUCUCAGACGAUUAGAGUUUUUUGAUUUCAAGGAAUGACGAAAAUGAUAAAAUUCAAUAUUGGAGAUUAGAAGAUAACUCAUAAUCAAUAAAGUUAGCUAUUGAUACUUCUUCAUUAAAUGAAUGCAUUGUGACACCCAAUGGAGUUUACGUUGUGACUACAAAUCUUAAUACAAUGGGAAUGGAAAUCUGGAACACUCAUACCAAGUCAUGCGUCACAAAAUUUUAAUAUGCACAAGGAAGGCAAAGAGCCGUUAAUUGCACUCAUUCCUCAUCAUACAUAUUUUUCUAAAGAGAAUCAGGUGAAAUGAUAAGGUGGUCUACUAGAACUGAAUCUGAUUCAGGUGUUUACAGCCAUGCAGACGAUAUCAUUGAUAUUGUCAUAGACUAAGCUGAUUAAUUCAUAUAUACUUUAGGAUAUCAAAAAGGAAAAUUUUAUAAAUGGGAUUUAGAAUCAAUGACAUAGCUAACUGUCAUUGAUCUUGGAAAAGGCUAUGAAGGAUUAGUAAUAUCUCAUGAUGAUAGAUUUAUAAUUGCUUCAGACUAUGGCAAAAAGAGGUUAACUAAUAUCAAUUUAAAAACUGACGAGAUUAUCUCUAUUCAAGAUAAGCUGCCAUAUAAUCCAGCAACACUAACAAUCACCCUUGAUAGUAAGUUCGUUGCUCUUUGCCAAGGAAAUUACAGUCCAAAAUUAUAUGUUCUACAUCUUGAAACUCUAGAAGUUUUUAAGAUUCUUGAGGAGCACAAAUAAAGUACUGUAUGGUUUAUUGCUCCUACUCUUGAUGGUAGAUACCUUAUUUCUAGAAACUCAUAAGAGACGAUCAUUUGGGAUGCUUAAACUUUUCAUUGCAUUUUAUUUGUAGAAGAAAAGUUCAUUUUACUUCUUUCAGAGCAUAGAGUUAUGAGAGCAUUUCUGCAUGAUAGUUUUUUUAAAAUAUGGUCUUCUAAAACAGCAGCUUAACUUUCAGAUGAUUUCCCUCCAGUUGAGGAAACUGCAGGAGGAGAAAGUGAAGAUUCUAAAAUGCAACUUAAAAUCAGCGGGCCUAUGAACACUAUUACUCCUCUAAUUAUUAAAAACAUGAUAAAAGCUGUAAAAAGUGAAUAAAAGCAAUUUGUUACUGCUCUUAAGGAGAAUUUUAUUCUUCCUUAAAAAAUAAACAUUUUGCAUUAUUUUGCCUUCUUUAACAAUCCUGAAAGUCUCACUCAUUGCUUGGAAUAAGGAACAUAAUAUUCAAGAGAUAGCACAGGUAAGAGUCCUCUAGAGUACUCUAUUGAAAGAAUGAGUUAAGAGGGAACAGACAUUUUACUGGGUUUCAUCAUGAAGAGAGAAAAUGUCUACUAAAAGAUGAAGGAAAGUGAACUUAUUUAGCUUGUUGAUUUUAGUCCAAGUAAUCUCCUAAAUUUUUUUGAGAAGUCUGUAAUGAUUGAAGAAAAGAAUGUCCCUCCUUAUGGAACUAUUAAUGGAGAUAGCUGUAAUUUCAUACUGACAAAGGGGCCCAUUCUAGAAGCACAUGAUUGUGAACUCAUGAUGGAUUAGUCUGCAAAUUAAUAGCAAUAAAAGCCUUUGCUUUUUAAAUCUCUUUAAAUCUAGUAUAAUUUGGAACCUGGGUCUGUUAGCAGUAUUGAACUUCAUUAAAGCUUGUAAGAUACCGCUUCAUAGGAGAUUUUUACUUCAGAGGCUGUCAAUAGAAUAUUGCAGUACAAAUGGGAAAAAGUUAAAAAAUAUGCCUAUUCAUAAGCAAUCAUCUAUUUUGCUUUCGUGAUUUUGAUAAUAUACCACUCGAUUUAUAGCAAAAGUAGUUUUGCCUGCAUUAUUUUGAUACUAGCCUUUGGAGCUUAUUUCUUGAUUUGGGAAGGAUUCCAAGUCAUCUUGAACUAUAGAGCAUAUGUUGGUGAAAUUUGGAAUGUCUUGGAUCUUGGAAGAGUGGCUCUGAUCGCUUGGUAUUGCUUCACUGCUCUCAAGAAUCUUUCGGAUGACAAGAAUGCCUUAGAUGAAGAUAAUAAGAUCGUCCUAGGAGGUCUUAACAUUCUUGUUUUCUUAAGGAUUCUAUCUUACUUCAGACUGAAUCAAAGUUCAAGAGUAUUGAUUAGACUCAUAAUUGAAGUUUGCAAAGAUAUGUUGUCUUUCACUCUUCUGUUGAUGCUAAGCGUUCUUGGAUUCGCAAUUACAUUCAACAUUAUUGAGUCUGGACAUGGCCAUGAACUACCCUUAGGUUCAAACCUUGGCCAAUAUUACAAAUUAAUCUUUGGAGAUUUUGCAAUACUUGAAGAUGAUGCAUCAAAUUCAUCUUGGUUUGUGUUUAUUUUCAGCAGCUCAUUUAUCACCCUGAUUAUGAUGAACUUGCUGAUUGCUAUAAUGUCAGAUACCUACGAUAGAGUUAUGACUGAUAUAACCGCAACAGACGGAUGGGAACUUAACUAAAUGAUUCUAGAGCAAGAGAGUUUGAUGUUCUGGAAGAGAAAUAAAGGCCAGCCAAUGUACCUUCAUUGGGUAACAUACACAGGGGUUGAGCCUGAAUCCUUAUGGGAAGGCAGAAUUGCUGCUAUCAACCAAAGUAUUAAAGACUAACAAGGGCCUUUGAUUGAUGAGAUCAGAGCUAUUUCCAGCAAAAUCGACAUUCUUCAGACUCAGUUUUCGACUCAUUCAAGAGAUGUUUACAUGAGAUUUGAGGAGCACAGAAAGAAAUUGGAGAAAAUUAGAGUUUCAAAUAAUCAGCCUGCUCUUGCUGCUUAAAAAAUUAAUGAAUGA